UAUUUUAUUUUUUAUUUUAAUUUUAUUUUAAUUUUUCUUUUUCUUUACACAUACGUUCAUGUUUACAUCUUCUGAUCAAUCAAAGAAAAAGUUUAUAGAAAAUGCCAGACUAGAAAGGGAUAAACGAGAAAAAGAACGCAUAGAAAAAUUACAGAUAGAAAAGGAAACAAAAGCGGCCUUAGUCAUUCAGAAAUGGUGGAGACGAGGACAAGAAAAAAAUGAAGCACAAGCCCAAUGUUGGCAAUGGUGGAAUGCAGAAAUGGAAGAAAAUAAUAAUAAUAAUAAUAAUUUAUUUUCUAUAAUUGAUUUUUAUCAAUUACUCGGCUUAUAUUGUAUUUUAACUCGUAAAAAGAAUGAUAUGCAAGUUCAACUUGAAGCUUUAAAGAAAUUGGUCAAAUGUUUGAUAGCUAAUAAAUUCUCCCAUCAUACAACAACAACAACAACAAUAGUGCCCUUUUAUGCAUUAUUGAUCGAUAUGAGGUAUAUGCAUCAAGCACGAAUUUAUUUAGAAUAUAUCAUUAUGCAAUGUAUUCAUCAGCAAUGUGAUAACACAACUUCAACUGGACCUGAAUUAUUAACUUUUCUAUUACAAUUUCUUAACCCCAAGACAUACCAAACUAAACAAUUUGUUGAUGUAGCUUAUUUAAUAGAUAUACCAGAUAAAGUCUUACAGAGUAUAGCGCAAUCAAUUCUUAAAGUAACUCUAUGUCAGCGCUCUAGAGGUUCACUAAGGCCCGCACUUGUGAAAUGUGUUGAACAGAUCAUUAAACUCGAAGAUAGAAAGAUACAAGAUAUGACCAAGAUAAAUGCACUUAAAUUAUGGCUUACUACCAUGACACGAUUGACAUUGUACCCAAUUGAACAUGCUGAGCUUUCAAGUGAUGCAUUAGAUAUGGAUACAGCAUCUCAAUUUUUGUGGACAACUACAUUGGCUGUGCCAUGUAUUACUUCACUUAUCAAUACAAUGAUGACAGAUAGAUUGCGAAAAUGGGCUUUAGGUGCCUGUACACCUCACUUGAUGUUGAAGACGUUCAAUAAAAGGAAUGAGUGCAAUAAAACAGAAGAUAUGAUGGAAUCAUUAAGUGGUAAUGGAGGCCUUUUUUUAUUAGCUAAUUUGAUUGAUCUUUGGAAUAGUUCUAAAAACCCUACAAGAUCAGAGGAACAUAUACGAUUGGUUGAGUUAGUACGUUUCUUUCUAGAUCAUAUUGAGUCCUUUUUUUCAGAUAAGCAAUCACCUUCAUCAUUUCCUCAUUAUCAUCCUGUCUUUAAAUGGUCAAGAGCAAGUUGGGGAAAUACUAUUUCAAGUGCUGUCUUUGAUCGUAUUAUGAAGCAAAUAGAAUAUAUCUGGUCAAGAUCCUUUAUGGAUCAAGUCUUUACUGACAUUAUCCACUUUCGUCACCCUCAUUCUCGUUUUUCUCUAAACAACUCUAACAAAAAUAACAGACUUUCAUUUAGUAGUAAGUUAAAGGGCAUCCAUCAGCAAUAUGAUUUACAAAAGUACAGUGGUGAAUUAGCUUUAUUCUCGAUAGAGGUUGAAGCCAUUUUUUCCAUGUAUAUUCAAUUAACACAACUCUUUAAGGCUCACCGAAGGGUGAUCUUUUAUCGUAUUGCCUUUACUUCAGACUUGAUGCCGCAAUUAUGGAAAUUGAUGAAUCAUUUUGGGCCAAAGGGGAAAAUGACUAUUUAUUUAGAUGCAGCUAAACAAAAUAACAUUGAAAAGGAACCUCUUAUUCAAGUACUUAAAAUCUUUUGUGAGGCCUGCUCUAUUGUAUUUUUGACUCUGGAUGAUGUUGAUAUCUUUACGCAUAAAACACCCUUUUCGCCAGAAGAUUUAAUUGAUAUAAGCGAUUUUUUAAAUUCAUUUUAUUUUACAUUGAUACAGCAACAUACAGACAUUCCAGCAGAAUUACCGCCUGCAGCUGAAUCAUUUAAAUCAGCUAGACGUCUUUUAUUACAGAUAUAUGAUUUAGAUCUUCAUCAUCCUUUUUGUCCUCCAAACCAUUGGUUACUUGUAUCUUCCAUGACAAACGGAGUCAAAUCCUUCUUUUCAUCUUUAUUUCAAACCAUGAAUAAUUCAAUACAGAAUGAUAAUAAUGGGGGGACACUAGCAACAACAACAACAACAUCAACAAUGGCACGAAAGAAAAAAAUAGCAUCAUCUACAUCCUCAUCUUCAUCUGCUGCUUUAUUCUUAACCAAUUUGAAGCAGGGGGAUCCAGUUCCUCUUCGUGUCCUUCAGCUCAUGCCUCAUACAGUCUCAUUUGAUAUGCGACUUCAAAUAUUUCGUGAUUGGAUUGCUCUGGAUCAAUCCAUGGUAGUGCCCAAGAUUUCUAAAAACCGUUAUAUCAAUGUAAGACGGAAUUAUGUAUUAGAAGAUGGGUUUCAUGCUCUUUCCAAUUUACCGCCCUCUGCUUGGAAAGGAACGAUUCGUGUCUCCUUUGUGAAUGAAUUAGGAGUAGAAGAAGCAGGGAUUGAUCAGGGCGGUCCCUUUAAAGAUUUUCUUACAAUGCUUAUUUCAGAAGCAUUUGAACCUAAUUAUGAUCUAUUUUCUCUAACAAAACAUAAUAGUUUUUAUCCUAGUGCAACCUCAGGUUUUAUUGAUCGUCAACAUAUCGAAUUAUUUGAAUUUAUUGGAAAAGCAAUUGGAAAGGCAGUUUAUGAAGGAAUACUGUUAGAUGUGCAAUUUGCUGGCUUCUUAUUAGCAAGAUUACUUGGUCGAAAUGUAUUUUUAGAAGAAUUAAAAGAAUUAGAUGAAGAAGUUUGGCGAAACUUGACCUUUAUAAAACAUUAUGAAGGUGAUGUAGAAGACCUGUGUUUAUCAUUUGAAACAAAUGAAGAAGUUUUAGGAAAGAUCGAAUCUCAUGAGCUAAAAUUUAGAGGAAGAGAUACUACAGUAACAAACAGUAAUAAAAUAGAAUACAUUUACCUUAUGGCAGACUAUAAGUUGAAUCAAAGAGCAAGAGAGCAAACAAAGGCAUUUAUUCAUGGCUUCAGAACUGUUAUAUCUGAAAAUUGGAUUCGACUAUUUUCACCUCCAGAGUUACAAAGGUAUUUAAAAAGAAAACAAGAAAUAAAUAAAUAAUAACAUCAAUUUUUUUUUUUUAUAGAGUAUUAUCUGGAGAAGAUACUGACUUUGAUAUUAACGAUUUACGUAGACAUACUCAAUAUGAAAAUGGAUAUUUUGAUCAUCAUCCUGUUAUUCGUCU